ACACGGCUGAGGCCCCAGCCUCCUGCCUGGGCUGGGGGCUGGGAGUGGAAGCCACUGAUGAAGGACACACACUGUCCUGGCCAGGACACUGCCAUCACUUGUUAAUCCGCAGCCCUGGAAUGUCUGUGGGCCAAUCAGCAAGGUCUGUGAGGGCUCCCCGAGGGCUCUAAGAACCCUGCAAUGAUUAGCAGGGGCCACGGGGUCAGUGCACACCGCUUGGCUGCCCAGCCUGACUCCUCGAGAUUGUGAAUAGCUCCGUCCAGCCUGUGAAGCCAGCUGGACGUGGACGGCGGAGCCAGGCUGCUCCCAGGCCGCCCUACGUUCCCAUGCUCCGACUGGAGCCCUCCUCUGGGCUGGGGGGCCGCGGGCUUGGCCUCCUGCCCGUGCUCCUGGCUCUCCUCUGCGUGGCCUGGGCAGAGGUGGGGCCGCUCCAGCUGCGGGGGGAGCCGGCUCCAAUGCCCGGAGCCCUGAGCAGGAAGGAGGGUUUCCUGCUCCUCUCCCUGCACAAUCGCCUGCGCAGCCGGGUGCACCCCCCCGCGGCCAACAUGCAGAGACUGGACUGGAGUGAGAGCCUAGCCCAACAGGCUCGGGCCAGGGCAGCCCGCUGUGGCACCCCAGCCCCAAGCCUGGUGCCCACCCCGGGGGCCACUUCACAGGGCGCCCCGGCCCCAAGCCUGGUGCCCACUCCGGGGGCCACUUCACAGGUGGGCUGGAAUGUGCAGCUGCUGCCAGUGGGCUCGGCAUCCUUCGUCCACGUGGUGGGCCUGUGGUUUGCAGAAGGCCAGCGGUACAGCCAUGAGGCGGCGGAGUGUGCCCUCAAUGCCACCUGCACCCACUACACUCAGCUCGUGUGGGCCACCUCGAGCCAGCUGGGCUGUGGGCAACAUCCCUGCUCUGGGGAGCAGGCCGAGAUGGAAGCCUUUGUCUGUGCCUACUCUCCUGGAGGCAAUUGGGAGGUCAACGGGCAGACAAUCGUCCCCUAUAAGAAGGGCGCCUGGUGCUCGCUCUGCAAGGCCAGCGUCUCGGGCUGCUUCAAAGCCUGGGACCAUGCAGGGGGGCUCUGUGAGGUCCCCAAGAACCCAUGUCGCAUGAGCUGCCGGAACGGCGGACAUCUCAACGUCAGCACCUGCCACUGCCACUGUCCCCGCGGCAACACGGGCAGGUUCUGCCAAGUGCGGUGCAGCAUGCAGUGCGUGCAUGGCCGGUUCCGGGAAGAGGAGUGCUCCUGCGUCUGUGACGUCGGCUAUGGGGGAGCCCAAUGUGCCACCAAGGUGCACUUUCCCUUCCACACCUGUGACCUGAGGAUCGAUGGCGACUGCUUCAUGGUGUCUUCAGAGGCAGACACCUAUUACGGAGCCAAGAUGAAAUGCCAGGGAAAGGGCGGGGUCCUCGCCCAGAUCGAGAGCCAGAAAGUACAGGACAUCCUCGCCUUCUACCUGGGCCGCCUGGAGACCACCAACGAGGUGACUGACAGUGACUUCGAGACCAGGAACUUCUGGAUCGGGCUCACCUACAAGACCGCUAAGGACACCUUCCGCUGGAACACCGGGGAACACCAGUCCUUCACCAGCUUUGCCUUUGGGCAGCCUGACAACCAGGGGUUUGGCAACUGCGUGGAGCUGCAGGCCUCGGCCGCCUUCAACUGGAACGACCAACGCUGUAAAACCCGAAACCGCUACAUCUGCCAGUUUGCUCAGGAGCACAUUUCCCGGUGGGACCCAGGGCCCUGAGACGCAGCCAGGCCUCUCCCCUGCCACUGCCUGGAGGCGCACCAGCCCUGCCUGCCUGCCUGCCCAUCGGUCCGGAACCCGAGCCAGGCCAGGACCUCAAGCCCAAAGAGGUCUCAGACCUUGCGGGAAGUGGGGCAGGCCCAACAGGAGGCCUGGCAUAGGGGGAGGGGCCCCUCAGCCUGCUUUUGAUUGGGGAGAUGGGCCUUAAUUAGGUGCUGAAACCGGAGCAAGGCCAGGGGUCAGA